AUGAGAUAUCUGAGUGAAAAUCAAUUUGAAGUCUAUGAAGAAAUAGGUAAAGGAGGAUUUGGAACAGUUUAUAAAGGUCUUGAUAAAGUUACAAAACAACCAGUUGCUAUCAAGCAGGUUGAUUUAGAAAGUACAGAUGAUAUAGACUCACUUCAAAAAGAAAUUCGAAUCUUGAGUCAAUGUAAAUUAUCACAAAUCACACAAUAUCAUGGAUGUUUUGUUAAAGGUUAUAAACUUUGGAUAAUUAUGGAGUUACUAGAUGGUGGAUCUUGUUCAGAUAUGCUGGUUGCAGGACCAUUAAAAGAAAAAUAUAUUGCUGUAUUAUUAAAAGAAGUCUUGAUUGCAUUAGAUUACCUACACAAUAAUGGUAAAAUUCAUCGUGAUAUAAAAGCUGCAAAUAUUUUGUUGAAUUGUAAAGGAGAAGUUAAAGUUGCAGAUUUUGGUGUUUCAACUCAAUUAUCAAAUAAUUUAUCAAGACGUAAUACAUUUGUUGGCUCUCCUUAUUGGAUGUCACCUGAAGUUAUCCUUGAAGAGGAAUACAAUUCAAAAGCAGAUAUUUGGUCUUUAGGUAUAACGGCUAUAGAAUUGGUAACUGGUAAACCACCACUACAUAAUAUCCAUCCAAUGAAGGCAAUUUUUAAAAUUCCUGAAUUGGAUCCACCUAUUUUGAAAGGAAAUGAAUAUUCAAAUGAAUUUAAACAAUUCAUUGAAUUAUGUUUACAAAAAAGUUCACAAAAUAGACCAAGUGCUAAAAGACUUUUGAAAUCAAAAUUUAUUCAAAACGCUGGAAAAAAUUAUAUUGUUGGUGAUUUGAUCAAGAGAAGACAUGUAUGGGAUAUACAACAUGGUGGUGAUAAAGUUAAAAAGACACAAUAUGUACCAACAAUUGAAGACAAGCAAAAUCUUCAACAAAAUACUGUCAUUCAAUUUGAUUUUGAAAGUGAUGAUGAUGAUUCGAUGAAUGAUUCAAUGGCUAAAUCUAUGAAUACAUCAAAUGUUGUUAUUACAAAGAAUUCUCCAUUAGGUUAUCAAGGUAAUAGUGUUUUAAAAAGGAAUAUUGGUGCAUUGAAACAAAAUGAUAAUAUCUUGAAUACAAACUCUUCAAAAUUAAGUAAUGAAUCAAAUUUCAGUACAAUUAAGUAUAGACGCCAGGAUGAUUCAUCAAUCAGUAAACCAGGUGAAGAAGUUGUUAAUGUUUUCAAAUCAACAGUAUCUAAAUUAGAAACUAAAGUUGACCUUCCAUCUAAUCAAUUAAAUAAAUUGAAUCAAAUUAGCUCAUUACUUUCAGAACUAAGUGAAGAGAAUGAUGAUCUAGUCUUCAAUGUUUAUAAGCAAUUCCAAUCUAAGGCAUCAAGAUCUGAAACUAUCCAAACCAGAUUAGGAUAUAACAAUGCUAUGAACUCGCAACAAAACCAACAACAUUCACAACAUCAAAAACCAAGAAAAUCUGAAUCUGAAAAACUCUUAUUGAAAAGAUGGGCUGACCAAUACUUUGCUUAG